ACUUUUCCGUUCUAACUUUUGUACAAUUUAAGACCGUAUAGACUAAUGCGCAAAAAGAUUACGUUACGAAUUCUAUUAUUACGUUAGUUUUUUUGUUUUGUUUUUUUACAUUUGUCCUGUAAUCAUGUGAGAAAUAUAUAUUAAAAUAUAGUAACGAUAUAAUUUACUGCUUGACUGUCAAAGAAAUCUAAGCAUGAUAUUUUUCAAAGAUUGGGUAUCAACAACUUUAUUUUAACAUAAGGAUAUAGUCAUGUCUACGAAAAGUGAAUUAAAGAAACUAAGUGAAGAAAGCUUAACAAGGCAACCUGAGGAAGUUUUUGACGUUAUCUGUAAGCUAGGAGAAGGGAGUUAUGGAAGUGUUUAUAAAGCUCUUCACAAGGAGUCGGGUCAGGUAUUGGCUAUCAAACAAGUUCCUGUUGAUACAGAUUUACAAGAAAUCAUCAAGGAGAUCUCUAUUAUGCAACAAUGUGAUAGUCCAUUUGUAGUCAAGUACUAUGGAAGUUACUUCAAAGGAACUGAUUUAUGGAUUGUUAUGGAGUAUUGUGGUGGUGGUUCAGUGUCUGACAUCAUGAGACUAAGGAAGAAAACGCUUACAGAAGAAGAAAUUGCUACAAUCCUGUCAGAUACAUUGAGAGGGUUGGAAUAUCUACAUCAGCGUAGGAAGAUUCAUAGGGACAUUAAGGCUGGAAACAUCCUGCUGAACAAUGAAGGACAUGCAAAGCUUGCUGACUUUGGAGUGGCAGGGCAACUUACUGACACAAUGGCCAAACGUAACACUGUAAUUGGCACACCUUUCUGGAUGGCUCCAGAGGUGAUCCAGGAGAUUGGUUAUGACUGUGUAGCUGACAUCUGGAGCUUAGGGAUCACUGGUCUUGAAAUGGCAGAAGGCAAGCCACCAUAUGGAGAUAUCCAUCCAAUGAGGGCAAUAUUUAUGAUUCCUACAAAACCACCACCAUCCUUCAGGGACCCUGACAGAUGGACUCCAGAAUUCAUUGAUUUUGUUUCACGUUGUUUGGUAAAAAAUCCUGAUGAAAGGGCAACUGCAUCAGAAUUAUUACAGCACGAAUUUAUUAAAAAUGCUCAGCCUGUUAAUAUCCUGCAACAGAUGAUAGCUGAAGCUAGAGAGAUUCAAGAAAAUGAAGCUCAUCGGAGGGACAGGGCUAACACUAUGGAAUCAGAAGAAGAUGAGGUUGACUCUAGGACCAUGGUUGAGUAUGCUCCCAACUCUGGAACAUUAGUGCCAGAUAGUAAUAUAAAGGAAUUGGGAGAGCAAAAUGGAACUAUGGUGACCCAUGUGGACUCUGGGACUUUAGUUGGAGCUAGUGAUGUGGAGUCUGACUUGGGAACACUGGUUAUUAACAGCGAUGGAGAAGAUGAAGACUCCACUAUGAAAAGACAUGACACUGCUACAGGAGAGACAAAAGAAAAUUACCGUCCCUUCUUCCUUGAUCACUUUGAUAAGAAAGAGAGAGAGCAACAGCAACCUUCUCGCUCCCAAGGUAAUAGCAGUCCCAUGCCAAGAAGUGGAACACCCAGACCUAACCACUUUCAACAGAAUUUAGGGAAGUCACCCCAGCCUAAGUUGAGCCAACUUCAGCAUCAACUGAACCAGAUCAGCAAUGCUGCUCCUGCAGUAGCCCUCCAUGAACCUGCCAAAUUCACCAGGUCCUUUGUUGAUGGAGACUUUGAAUUUCUAAAACACCUUACGUAUGAAGAUUUAACACAUAGAAUGGCCAACUUAGAUGCAGAAAUGGAACGUGAGCUAGAAGAGUUAAGGCGACGUUAUCAGGCUAAACGUCAACCAAUUUUAGAUGCUAUGGAUGCCAAAAGGAAACGUCAACAAAAUUUUUGAAAGCAAAAGAACUUGAUACCAUAUGAAUUACUUUUAUUGUGCCUAAGAUCUGAGGUGCUGUUGUUACAUGGAGACUGAGGGUUUGUGGCCAAAGUAAAACCUGUAGUCGUUCCUAGACCGUAGGCAGCACACCUUAGUGUCAGGAUCAUUGUGUGUUGUCCACACUAGGCUGACACCUAUCUCUAGAGAGAAAGAGAAAAGUUGUUCAAAGAAAAAUGUUGACUGAAAGAUAUCAUAGUUUUUUAUGAGCAAGUUUAGGAAAGUUUUUUACUUGAAAAUAAUUGCUUCGAACAUUUUGAAAUGUGCUUUUACCCGUGGAUUGUUUACUUUGUGAAAAAGUCUUAUCUUUAAAAGUUUUGUAUGUAAAAGAAUAAGGUUUAAAAUAGAUGAAAAGUUUAUUAAUAUCAAAGAACUAUGUCAGCCACCUGUAGAGAUUGUCUACUUUUAGCGUGUUAUUUGAGAAACCAGUUAGUUGCUGGAAUCAUUUUGUAGAGCCUAGUCUUUCAUGUUGUGUGAGUCAUGGUUCAAAUCGAAUAUGGGGUCUUCAAGUGUCAUUGUUGAUCUGAACAAAAAUCACCACCUUGUAAAAGUGGCAUUUAUAGCAGUAAAUUUACAUUAUGUAUAACUUGUUCUCUGUCACAUAAUUUUAAACCUGUUCUCAUUUGUUUAGUGGCAAUAUAGUAGUCAUACAGUCUAAAAAAAAAAAGACAUAUUGGUCUUCUCUUUCCACUCAAGGCAUUGUAAACCAAAAAAGGAAAGCUUGUGAUAGGUAAAGUUUUGUGGAUGAUGUUGAUAUAUGUAAAACAGCAAAUCAAUUUUUAGUAUGAAUCAUAACUUGGUCACAAACAAUAAUUUACUUAUCGUGCAGAUUUCUUGUUUUACCUCGUUUUCCAGAAAUCCCUUAUUUACCAAAUGUUUAGGUUUCUGAAAUGCAACUUUCAUGACUUUAUUUUCUUACAAAGUCACCAUGAUAUGUUAAUAAAAAAUAUUUAUCUUAAAGAGAUAUGUAGUAUCUUUCAAAUUAUCAGAUUUUGAUAAUAGUAAAUUCUUGUUUAAAAGUCUGCAUAACUCUUAUACAGUAUAUUAGAUUACCCUGUAAGUAGAAAUUCAUGCUCUCCAAUCCUAUUUGUUUUUUAUCUUGUUUUCAAAUCAGAUUCAUUGUUUUCCAGUCAACAUUAUCCACUGAACAUAGAAGUAUUUCUCCCUAUUUUAACACUGUCUUGUUUACAAUUAGGGAGUGAAAUACUUAAUGCUUUUACUUGUUUGUUUUUAAUUUAGUCUGAUCCUAUAAAACAAAUUGCUUUUACUGCUCAGUUUGUAUUUCACUGGAAAGGGCCAGCCAGGAAUACCUCAAGACCACGUGUGAAUGUUACUAGGAUAAUGUUUUUAUGUUUGAAACAAGAAGAGGUUUGUUGCUGUUUAAAGUAUGAAAUUUACUUUUGGUAGUUUCCUUAAAAACAAAACAUUUUAAGCAUACUGUUGUAUUGUUCAUUUUAGUCUUUAGAUUUUGUUGUGUAAAUCAUCUUAUUAUCAUGAUUUUAACAUUUUCUCAUAAUAUUCCUUACAAAUAUGUGCCAUAACCUGUAAAUCUGUUUUCAGGUGUCUCAAUAUUUCUUUGCUACCCUUGAGAAUAUCCUCAGUUUAUGUGUAAUCAAAAUGAAUCCCUUUGUUUUAGUACUUAAAAGUCUUAUUCAACAGUGUAAACUUACUGAAGUUGGAGAUAAAAGUGCCUCUGGUUCUUGUUCCAGGUAUCUAGUUAGUCUUAUCAGCUUUCCAGUAAUUUUCUUAAUAUGACAAGUAAAUAAAGAAAAAUUUAAUUUUGGGUGA